AUGAUAACUUCUCCUUUACUGCCUGAAAAUGAAAAACUGAGAAAACUUUAUCAAAUAGAAAAUGAAAUAGCUCUUGACCUAGUUAAUUAUAUAUUGACUGGUAAAAACCAUAGUUGCAAAGCAUAUCAUCACUAUGGUAAAUGCGAAGACAGAGCAGUGUUAAAAUUCAAAUAAAUUUUUAUGAAAGUACUCAAGAUAAAUCUACCAAUACAUGUCAUCCCUUUACUAUUGUUUAGAAGAAAAUAGCUAUUGACUGAGCCAGUAUAAACUCUUAAGAAAUUUGUAAUAAAUAUACUGAGAUCUGUGAUGUUUUUAACUGGAUUUGUAAUAAUUUCAUAGCUUAUAUAAUGCUACGGCUCUCGCUUAUUCCCUUGGCUACCCACCAAGCAAUUGCAUAUGCUGUCUUUUGCUUUUUCAGGUGUGGCAAUGGCUUUUGAACAACCACAUAAAAGAGUGGAGCUAAACUAUUUCACAUUACCUAAAGUUGCUGAGUGUAUAUGGAAUCUCCUUUGUAGUCGAAAACUUGCUGGGGAUAUACCUAAACAAGAACAUAUAGUUUUUGCAUUAUCUUUUGGUCUGAUCGCUAUGGCCUAUGAUGAAGGAAAGUCUAAUGUAAGCAUGAAAGGAUUUACUUCAAAAAUUUGUGGUUAUUUGUGGAAAAAAACUGAGCUUUAAGGUAAAGAUGAAAAUUAGGAAAAUAUCAAAUCAAAAGAUUCCUCAAAUGAAAUAAAAAAUGAGUAAGACAAUAAGAAUUAAGAAUAAAAACUGGCCUGA